CCGGUGUGGAAAUAUGAAAACAACAAGAUCAGUCGGGUUCUAGAGUUUAAUAAUUUUAGGCUAGUUAUUGUAGUUCACGUGUAUAAUCUUCUAUUUAAGUAUUUAUGCCCCGGUUUGUCAAUAGCGUAGGCAAUCGUUUGGUGUGACCAAUUUCAUGUGGUAGCUCAUCCUAAUCCUACCACACCACCUGACCUAGUUGUUAUUUUUAUCAAAUCCGAUUGGAUAGGUUUGAUUGAGAAAUUCCAUUUACGUUAAACCUGUAGAAACCCAUUCUAGUGCAGUGUUAAAGCCUUAACAAAACCUUGGAAUGAAUAACUACAUCAAAUUUAUGGAAGUGUUGGGAAAUGUGAAGCAUUUAAAACGCACUGGAUGGGUAAUAAGAAAAGUUAAGGAAUGCGAAACGGUGUCAGGCCACAUGUACCGGAUGGCAAUGAUGUCAUUUUUUCUCGAAGACUGUCACGGACUUGACCGCACACGUGUGAUGGAAAUGUCGCUGGUGCAUGAUUUAGCUGAAGGUGUUGUCGGCGAUAUCACACCAUACUGCGGUGUUUCGCGUGAAGAAAAACUUCUUAAAGAAUUUUCUGCCAUGACAGAAAUAGCCAAUUUGCUUGGUCCAAAUAGGGACAGGUUGAUGGCACUAUUCAAUGAGUAUGAAGAAGGCAAAACGCCAGAGGCAAAGUUUGUGAAGGAUCUUGAUCGUUUGGAUAUGGUAAUGCAGGCAUUUGAGUAUGAAAAACGUGACAACUGUCCCAAGCAACUGCAAGAGUUUUUUGAUUCAACGGAAAAUAAAUUUUCCCAUCCGCUUGUGGUCGAUAUCGUUAAUGCAAUUAAGGAGCAGCGCGAAAAGAUACCUGCAGUUUCAACACACAAUCCGUGUGACAAUUCUACGAAGCACAAUCCAUAAUGCGAACAAAACUUAGUUAAUUUAAACAAUCUUUGUACUCCUGUUAGUGAAUUGUUUAGGUUACGGGUGCUGGUGUUAUGUCUUUGCAUUGCUUGGCUUGACCCUACUCAAUAUUCAGGCUAGUUCUUACUUUUCCAAUAAUAAAUUUUCUCUUUUGAACC